GUUAGACAGGAAGUAAAUAGCCAUAUCGGUGCCUGGAAUAAAAGAAAACAUAUCUAAAACAUUUUGAGACACAGGACAACAGGAGCCAGAGGAAACAGUACACCAUGAAGAUCAUUUUGUGGAAAGUCGUGUGUGUUGUAUGCAUUCUAUUCCUUAAUGCUACAGGUUCAUUGUCUCAGCUCAGAGUUUGUGGUCAGGCUCCUCUGAACAACAAGAUUGUUGGUGGUCAAGAUGCUGCUCUUGGUUCCUGGCCUUGGCAGGUUAUUGUUCAGUCAGCAACCACCCUCUGUGGUGGCAGUCUGAUCAGUCAGAACUGGGUCUUAACAGCUGCUCACUGUUUGAAAAUGAAUGGAAUACCUUUUACUGCAUCUCAAAUCACAGUCUCACGACGACUUGAAAAUGGGACUGUAAUGGAGACAAUAAAUGCUAUUAAAUUGAUCAUCCAUGAAGGCUAUAACGAUACCACUGUGGUCAAUGACAUUGCACUAGUCCAGCUCUCCUCUUCAGUGCAGUUUAAUGAUUAUUUCCGUCCGGUGUGUCUUGCUGCAAGCAACAGCUCUUUUCCAAGUGGUACUAAUGUCUGGGCCACAGGAUGGGGUAGAAUCAAUAAUAUUAAUUCGGACGUCGCUCAAAAGCUGCAGGAGGUGAAGUUGCAGAUUGUCAGUAACAGUGACUGUGCACAAAAAUAUUCACCAUUUAUUAUCACAGAUGGUAUGAUGUGUGCUAUCUCUCCUGUGGGUGGACAGGACACAUGCCAGGGUGAUUCUGGAGGUCCACUGGAGGUGAAAUUUAAUGGAAGCUGGAUUCAGGGUGGGAUUGUGAGCUUUACCUCUGUAAGAGGAUGUGCUUCCCCAUCUAUACCCAGUGGGUAUACCAGAGUGUCUCAGUACGAAGACUGGAUUAAUAACAACACAGGCAACAAUCAACCAGAAUUUGUUGCAUUCUCCUUUGGCAGUUACAUCUCCCUCAACCACUUCUGUCUUUUUCUUUCUUUCACCAUCAUCCCUUUCAUUCUCCCUUCCUUAUCCAUCUACUAGUGAUGUUAGCCGACAUAGACACAGGCACUAAUCACAGAAAGUAAUCUAACAUAACACACAGACUUUACUUAAGCGUUACUUAAAUUUGUAACUUUAUUUUCUUCAAAGCUACAUUUUAAGGUACGGUUAUUUUCAUGUGAAAUGAAGAGACAAAACCUAUAAGCUUGUGUCUGAACACUAAAGUCUACAUAAGUAUUCAAAAGCAAAUUCAGGCAUAUUUGUUACAGAGAACGUUUUAAUCAUGAGAAUUUCUAGUUUUAAAUAAAUUUCUGAUAAAUUCAUGUUUAAUAUACAGUCAUGGAAAAAAGAAAGUACACCCUCCAUCAAUUCAAUGUUUUUGUUUAUCAGUUUUCCAACAUUUAAUUGCAACCCCUUAAGUGUGAAACUGAGUUUCAGAAUUUAGGUUGCUCCUCUUUCAUUACCAGAUGGUAUGGUACAAAAUAAAAUGAAUAACAUUUAAACAGAUACAUAAACAGGCUUGUAUUUUUGAUGCUUUAAAUAAUUUGGUGAAUUUAUUUAUGGCUUUAUGACUUUGUGGGAGAAGCAAUUUCUGAAAGAUGCCCCCUUUUUUUUCAUAUGACCUAGAAUAAGAUAGACUCCAUUCGGAGUAUUUUAUCUCUCUAUAUUUCUUCCACAUAAACACCAUUCACUUCUGACUUGCUUCUUAUGGAAGUGAAUGCAAAUUAAAUAACUGUAAAUCUGCUUUGUGACAAUGUCCACUGUUGAAAUAGCUGAGUAAAAUUUUAUUGAGAUUCUUCAUUUUAUAUACAGUAAGUCUUCACAUGCUUCAUUACUGAGGUAUUUAAUGUCAUUAACACUUAAGUAUUGUAUUAUGUGACUAAUGGGCACUCACAUGCUAUCGGAAUAAAUCAUAAAUAUACGUUUCCCAAUAGGGGAAUACGAAUGACCCCUCAAGUCGUAAUUACGACUAAGAAUCUCAGACAUUAUUUUGUUAAGUUUAGUUUCUGAGAUUAAAGGUACUCAAGUUUCCACAUUGUGGAGGAGAGUACAGUUUCAGUCUCUUCUGUCAUCAUUCAUAUUCAUUCGUGUACAUCAGCAACCUUUCCCUGAAUUCUGUACAUUUUUACACCUUUAAAACAGCGUUUUUAUCCAAAAUCACAGGUGUCUUGUAGUUUGUGUUAUAGUUUAAAAUUGUACAAGAAAAUUUUUUUUCAUGUUUUGUUUUCCAACAACUACAAGAUAGAUAGAUAGAUAGAUAGAUAGAUAGAUAGAUAGAUAGAUAGAUAGAUAGAUAGAUAGAUAGAUAGAUAGAUAGAUAGAUAGAUAGAUAGAUAGAUCUUUAUUGUCAUUGCAUAGUAAAGGUACACAGCAAUGAAUUGCAGUUUGGCAUCUACCAGAAGUGCAAAGAGUAGCAACUGUGCCAAUAGACAAGUGCAGAUAAAUAUGUAGCAUAUGUACAGCAUGUAAUGUAUAGAUAUAUAUGUAAACAUAUGUACAGUGAAUAAAUACUCAAUUGUCAGUAACAGUGUCUAUGCAACAGCAUAUGGAUCUGGUUCUGUCGCAGACAAUAUGAUGUGUGCUGGCUUUGCUCAGGGAGGAAAAGACUCAUGGCAGGUAGGAAACUCACCAUGUUUCAUAAUAUUUCUGCUUACAGUUCUGUGUUAUAGAAAAUAGAGCAAAUAGAUAUGUAGCUACCAGCUUGUUGUCCAUGCAGGGUGAUUAUGGAGGCCCAGUGGUGGUCAAGGAGAAUGGAGUCUGGCUUCAGGCUGGGAUUGUGAGCUUUGGCUAUGGCUGCGCUUUACCCAAUUUUCCCAAUGUGUACACCAGAGUGUCUCAGUACCAAGACUGGUUUAACAGCUGGAUCGGCAGCAACAAUCUUGGAUUUGUUAUCAAAUAGCACUUGUGGCUCCCCUAACCUCUUCUGUCUGAUCCUUUUUUCUCCUUCAUCUUCCUCCUCUGCAACGUCUACUGAUGUCUGUCAAAUUAAACAUAUAUGCACAUAUGACAGGGGUAUGCACAUAUGAUUACUGCAUGUUUCUGCUAACUGAAUGUACAGAGAUUUGUGUGUAGCUAUAGUUUGUAUACAGUACUGUGUUGACAUUAAAAAAGAUCAGUUAUACCAAUA